ACCGAACCGUCAGUCAGCCGUGCUUCGUCGUAGGGAUGAGAUCGCAACGAGGAAUGACGUUGCACGUUUCGACAUUCGCGCGUCGACGGUGACACGAUAUAAAAACUACACGCGGCUCGCUUUACGUAUACAUUAGAUGUCACGAUCGUGUAUUCAGUUCUGUGGCGAAUAAUCGUGAAUCAGUCUCGUUUGGCGGUACCGAGAGGCGUGUUUCCCAGGCUGUGCAACUGUGCGGUGUUCUAUCCCCGUUUCUCCAUCUUCCGCAUUCCUCGCUUCGAUUGGAGUAUCUCUCUGUGCACGACGAGAGCGUGUAUCGACGGCUCCACGACAACGGAGAAGACCAGUGGUACACGCAGAACAGUUCGAUUGAAGGAGAGCCAACGGAACACCAGCUGAAAUUAUCUCGAUCCUGGACGGAGGAUGAGCUAAAACGGAGCGAAAUAGAGAAGAGCGGAACGAAGCGAGGGAACGAGUCAUCGACGAAUUUUCCUAGGGGUCGGCGGAUGAAGGCAAAGUGGACGGUGAACAACGCGGAACACCGGUUCCUUUACUACGCGCCUCGCCCUUGAUUCAGAAGGACGGCCACGUGCACGACGGUGCGAGACCACGAUAAUCGGUAUCACGGAGAAUCACGUUCAUUUCCCCACCAACUACGGCCACAUGACUUGACGAUCGCCCCACCUACCGCUGUUCGUCGUUGAGCGAAAGCGGCGACAGUGGCAGCAACGUGACCGACGUGGGGAGGGCGAGCGCAUCACGACGACCACGACGACGAUCGACGACACCAACAACGACGGCGACGACGACGACGACGACGAGGAAGAAGGAAGAAGAACGGCGGAGGAGUAAGUCAUCGGUUACUCGCAAGCGAGGAGGCUACUUAACGAGUGACAUAGGCCGUUGGUGGUUCAGUUAGCCGCGGACGGUCAACCCAGGUGCGAGAGUCGUUCGUGCUCUUGCAUUUUAUCCUUUUUUUUUUGUUAUCUCCCCCCUCCCUCUUCCGUUCUUUCUUUUCUUCCCCCGCCUCCUUAUCCGUCUUAUUAUCGUCCAUCUUUUUCCAACGACGAGUUUUUCGGUUGGGAAAAAGGUUCGUUUCCAUCGUGCUCGAAUAGAUAGAUAGAUGGAUGGAUAAAUAGAUAGAUAGAUAGAUAGAUAGAUAGAUAGAGAUAAGUGGGCCGUGUUGACGUGGUGGCUGUGCUGGUGCCGUUGUUUGUUGUCGUUGUUCUUGUAUGCUCGUUGCCUCCUCGGUUCGCCGGUAGAGAAGUAGCGGUUUUCAGUGUGGAUAGUGCGGAUAAUAGUGACGAGUGUGAAACUGGAGCCGCAAGUGGUAGCAGCAGUUGCAGUCGAGAGGCAGAGCUAUCAUGUGCCCGCGGAGGAUCUUCGGACUGGCCAUCGUCGCGCUGGUGACUUUUGGUGGACGAGUGGCAGCCUAUACGAAUCAGUGGGCAGUGCACAUCGAGGGGGGACCGGAUGUGGCCCAGCAGGUCGCGCGGGAGCAUGGAUUUCAAUAUCUCGAUAAGAUAGUGGACGAUUGGUACCACAUGGUGCACACGUCAGUCGUGAAGAGAUCAGCGGAACCGCAUUUCGGAGUGCAGGGGAGGCUAAUAGAAGACCGCAGAGUGCGUCGAGCUGAGCAACAACGCGUAAAAUCGAGAACGAAACGGGAUCUAAUUAUUAAACGCGGUCCGUCCAACCUGAGAACCGUUCUCAACGACGAGAUGUGGCCUCAGAUGUGGUACUUGAACAGGGGAAAGGGGUUAGAUAUGAACGUGCAAGAAGCUUGGGCUGAAGGAAUUACGGGACGUGGAGUCGUGGUCACGAUUCUUGAUGACGGAUUGGAGAAGAAUCAUCCGGAUCUUUAUAAGAACUACGAUCCACAAGCCAGCUACGAUGUCAAUAACCAUGAUGAAGAUCCCAUGCCACGAUACGAUGUUCUAGACAGUAAUCGACAUGGCACCAGAUGCGCUGGUGAAGUGGCUGCAACUGCUAACAAUUCCUUGUGCGCGGUAGGAGUUGCAUUUGGAGCUGGCGUCGGGGGAGUGAGAAUGUUGGACGGAGACGUAACGGAUGCCGUCGAAGCAAGGUCUCUGAGUCUAAAUCCUCAACACAUCGAUAUUUAUAGUGCCUCCUGGGGACCAGACGACGAUGGAAAAACCGUCGAUGGUCCUGGCGAACUUGCCACUAGAGCUUUCAUUGAGGGAAUCACAAAGGGUCGCAACGGUAGAGGGUCGAUUUUCGUCUGGGCGUCGGGAAACGGCGGCAGGGAUCACGACAAUUGCAACUGCGACGGUUAUACGAACAGCAUCUGGACGUUGUCCAUCAGCAGCGCGACGGAGAACGGCCAGGUGCCUUGGUAUAGCGAAGCGUGCUCGUCCACCCUGGCGACGACCUACAGUUCCGGUUCAUCUGGGGAGAAACAAGUGGUAACCACCGACCUGCAUCAUCUUUGCACGACCAGCCACACGGGCACCUCUGCAUCGGCACCCUUGGCCGCCGGUAUAUGCGCCCUCGCCCUCGAGGCCAACAGAGACUUGACUUGGAGGGACAUGCAACACAUCGUCGUGAGGACAGCGAAACCUGCCAAUCUGAAAGCUAUGGAUUGGGUGACCAAUGGUGUUGGACGAAAUGUGAGCCACAGUUUUGGUUAUGGCUUAAUGGAUGCAGCUGCCAUGGUGCGGUUGGCCAAAAGAUGGCGAACAGUACCAGAGCAACACAAAUGCGAGGUGUCAGCACCACAUAUGGGCAGGCCAAUACCACCAAAAAGCCAGCUAACUCUGGAAUUGCACGUCAAGGAGUGUAGCGGCGUUAAUUUUCUCGAGCACGUGCAAGCAAAGGUUUCAUUGAUGGCAUCGAGAAGAGGUGAUCUUCAGAUACAACUAACAUCUCCACAAGGUACAAAGAGUACCCUUCUUGCAAAAAGGUCACACGACGUCUCGAAGGCUGGUUUCAAUCAAUGGCCAUUUAUGUCGGUUCACACUUGGGGAGAAAGACCACACGGCACGUGGAAACUUGAAAUCCACAAUGAGGGUCGAUACCAAGGUCGCGCCACGCUUCACGAAUGGGCGUUGAUAUUUUACGGGACGUCAACCCUUCCCGAUCGCACGGAAUACGCGUUGUACAAUCCCGCCGGGAUGAACAUACCGAGAAGACCAUUCGUUAAAUCACGCGAGACAGUGUUCUCCAAGGCUCAGAACUCUCUCACGAGCUCGAAGAUCAAGCAGAGCCAACACAAAUCGGAGAAGCCGGGUAGCCUCAGUCCACCUUACGUGGUGAACGCCCAGAUACAGUCGCAGAGGAAGAGCAAGGCGCGUGGCCAGCACAAAAAUGGCAAAUCGGCCAAUAAACCCACCCCAAAGCCAACCGUGCAAACGUUGAGAGGGUUGACCGUGGCGAGAGGGCCUAACGUCGCGGGGGAGGUUCGCCUGAUCACGUCCAGGCCGCGAGGAAGAAGUACACCCAGCCCUGUCACGACCACUGUCACCCAAACCAGUCCGCCCACCACCGUUCCAACCACCAAAGUGGCCAGCAGACAAAGAAUCGUGGACGUGGCGACUGCCUCGUCUCUUCAGAGGGGUUUGAUCCUCUUGGAGCCACCAGCUAAACCUGCCAUCAACAACGUGCCAGCCAUUUUCCAACAGUAUCCCAAGAUUCAACAGCUCUAUCCAUUGUACCCUGUCUAUGCCGGGGUUAGAGGAGCCGGCCAGCAACACGCGACCAGGGCCAAGGGGUUGGAAUUGCUGCAGGAUGAACAGUUCGAUUCGAAGAACUUGGAUAAGGACACCCUAGACGAGUUCAAGCUUGUGUUCUACGGCACGGAAACGUCAUUGGAAUUCGACGACGAGUUGGACAAGGACAAACCGUUACCGCCGNNGAACCACCAGGACGUGAGCCAGGACAAUACGGCAAUAGGGGCGAGGCACAACGUGAUGGACACGGAGGGUGGGCCGUGGACAGGUAGCCAACAGGUAGAGCGCGUGUCCCAUCCAGAAGUGCAGAGACCGACAACCGAGAACCAGACGAGCGGUUGCAGCAGCAUCGACACUGGAAAUGGCAGGUGCCUAGAAUGUAAGCUGAACUGGUACUACUACGACGGAACCUGCGUGUACAAGUGUCCUAGAGGAACUUACGGCGUUUCUGACGAGUCAAAGGCAGUAUGCUCCAACUGCCAUUACUCCUGCCUAACUUGUUCAGGACCUUCGAAUACCGAGUGCACCAGUUGCCACGAGGAUGCCGAGUUUUCAUCGAGCCUCGACGAGUCCGUGUGCAUCUUACGCGAUCUCUCGUGGACCAUGCACUCCACCCUCUGGUUCUACUGGAUGACCAUUUUGUUCUCGAUCAGCGUCCUUUUGUUCAUCGUGAUAAUCGUGUACGUGGGUGUCAAGUGGUAUCUAAAAAACAGAAAUUCGUACAGAUAUAGCAAGGUAUCUUCUUCGAACAAUGGAGAUGCGCACAAGGACAUUUUGCAAAAUGGUUACAUCUCUGAUAGUGAAUAAAGAAAAUGGACAUUGAGAGAGAGAAAGGAAUAAAAUUGAACGAUCCAGAGAUAUUUUGUUAUGGAUAAAUAUUUUGAUGACAUACCUGUGUGAUGUUUUGUUUAUGGUGUAAUUGAAUAAUAAUGUGAACUUGUUGUUGUAAUAUUUCGAAACGAUGAUUCGAGGAGAAAGGAGGAUUCCGUCCUUCCAGUUUGGCACAUUCCAAUUCAUGUGCGUUAAGUAAGGAGUUGUUAAUGAUCUCCCAGUGAAUAUCGUAGAUGCGAGAGUGCAUUUACGUUGUGAUUUUACGAGGUUAUAUGCAAAGUAUUUAAAGAAAAUUGUGGGAUUUUAAGAGCUUUUAGUACUCGUAGAGGAUAAAAUAUAUUUAAGUUCUGAAAUCAAUUGAUUCGAUUUUCUUUUUUUUUAUUACUUUCAACGAGUACUGUAAGUUCUUAAAUUUUGAUACUCUUAUUUUUUUAACAUCCUGUAUUUUUAUCUUACCACGAAUGAAAUGAAGUAGAAUAGACUUAUUAUUAUUAGAAAUAAUCACACACAAUUUAUAAUUUAAAUAUUGUCGAACUCUAAUAUUUAACCAAAUUAAAUCAUUCCACGAGUAUGCGUGUAUGUAAAGAUUCACAUCGUAGAUUUUCUUGGAAUUUUCUUUGGAAAUUUAAAAUUCACAAUUUAAGCUCACUUUUAAAUUGUGAAAAUUUGCAAAGAUUUACAAGAAUUUUAAAUACGUAAUAGGUAAUUUUUAAUACGUAAAUAGAUAAGUUGAAUUUACAAAUGUAAUGUAAAAAUUUACGUAAUAGACUUUCUUAAGAAAUUAAAUUUAAGCUUGACAUUCAAAUUGUCGGAAAUUUUAAUUGAGAAUUGAGUUUACCAAAUUUCGAUUUUCACUUGAAUUAACAUUUAAUAAUUAAGUAUUCGUAGCCAUUAUUCGAUCAUCGUUAAGGGGAUAAACUAAAUUACAGCGUCUAGUGUAUCUUGUGCUCGUCGAUAAUCAAAAUUAAAAUUGCAUUAUAUUCUGCAACUAACUGUAACACAAUUUGCUGUCCGAGUUCCUAGACCGCACUAGAGCACAUUGUAAUUAAUUAAUACACCGGUCAAAUUGCUAUGUGAUACUAUUUAUAUAAAUUGCAUUAAACAUACGAGACGCAAUAAAGUAUAAUAGUAUUUCCUAAUGACCAAAGACUGUUGCACAACUGCUCAGUUAAGAGUGAAUCCUAGAUAUAUAAAAUCAAAAGUGAAUAUUAAAAUUAAU